UGCAGUAAUGAAGAUAGCUUCAAAGUAAGCAUUCUCGUUGAAAAGGAAUUCUUUGAAUGUUCAGAUCGCUCUUUUCACCAUCACCGCCAUUACGUUGUCAUAUUAAAAAUAUACGCAGAAUUUCUGCUUCUAUGUGAAAGACGAAUUUACGAAGUUAACAGCAGAACAUAACACGCAUUAAUGGCUAGUAAGAAAAAAUAUGUUGAGAAACUUCCAAUGGCGUCAUUAACCGAACCAGUGCGAAAAAGCGUUUUAGACGUAAUACAAUAUAAUCUUCGCGCCAUUGGUUACAAAACUUACAUUACGCGAGUCGUUUACAUCGGGAAAUAUCGCGGAACUCAUGAAGUUUUACGAAAGAGAAUGGAAAAUAUUAUACGAGAUUUAUGCAUGGAUUACAAUAACAUGUCCAUUACAGGACUAUUUCUUGUUUACCCAUCAUGUUACAUUCACGUGUUAGAGGCGUGGGAAGAUAUCAUUUAUAAGCACUACGAGCUUAUGUACGCCUUAGACGACGAUGAAUGCAAAUUCGGAAAAGCAAUUCCUUUGCCUUCGUAUCAUCACGUUCAUCAAAGAUUCUUCUCAGGAUGGUGCCACGUCUACAUGAUACCGCCGACUUUAAUAGGGACGUUAGAAGCUCAUACAUUGGACGACAUUCUAAAGCAAGUCUCAAACUGUCUAAUAAAGGUGUACACGUUAUGCGAGUAUAUUGCAAACGCGGUUCACGAAAAGUCGAUCGACGCUCAAGACGUGCUACGGAACUUGGGAGACAAAGCGGCCUGGUAUCUCCCCGAGAGCACAGUUCUCGAGUUUCUCUUGAACGUGAAUUCGCCCGUGCUCAAAACCGUCGAGGAGUAUUUGCAAAUGUAUUCUGAUGCGUCGCCGAGUGCAUUCUGGGACGAUAAUAAUGUCUGGCCACCGCCUUGCGAUAUUAUGCCUCGCGACGCGUUCGAUGGCCGAAAGGUUCCGGAUCACCGGAACAGCGAAAAGUAGAAAUGUGCCCUGGAAACCAACUGUCGCAAGCAAGAUGCGGAAAAAUGAUGAUUUAUCUUCUUUCUUUUUCUUUUUACUCUUGAUGUUCCCUUG